AUGUCACAAGCUCCCAACGCUAACGAAGCUGCCUCUGACGGGAUGUAUCAUUGGAAAUUCGCGGAAUAUGUGACAGGCUUCCGUGUUCCGACACACGUUAUUUUCAUUUCCAAAUUUCCGCACGGAAAUGUGAUAGCCACUGCUCACAAUAUAACGCACCUGGAGGUCCCGCAGUAUGGCGAUCCUCGAAGGGACGCGUACCUCGCCUGCCACUAUGUGAAGGAGCGAGGGGACCCCGACUUGCACUCCGUAAAGUGGUAUAGAGAUAACAACGAAAUAUUUCGCUUUACGCCUGGACAGCAGCCUUCAACCAGGACAUUCAACACGACAGCUGGUGGAGUCACCCGUGGUACCUGUGAUGAGAACAAAUGCUCUAUAAGUGUUCCUGUACCAAAGCGGUACAAUACCAGGAUAUCGUUUACCUGCGAGGUCUCCACUGAAGGCCCGAGGUUCGCGGUUGUCAAUCAGACGAAGUAUCUAACUGUAGCUGUGACGUUGAAGCAAGAUCCUGUGAUCAUGGGGCUACCUGGCAGCGUUCAAGUAGGAGAGGAUGUUCUGCUAAAUUGCUCAACUGUACCAGCAAUGCCGCCUGCGAAUAUCAUGUGGUAUAUCGAUGGACGGCCUGAAAAAACAGAACAAUGGAUGCACGACCACACUGAAGUAUCAACAGCAGAUGACUACGGUCUACGCUCUAGCUGGCGACCACUACGGUUUCGGGUCACCACCGCUAGAGGUGCGAUAGGGCUCACGUGUGAGGCCACACAGCCAACCCGACCGAGCUUUACUAGAGCCACUAAUGUGACGUUGGUAGUGGCUAGGUCGCCGCAUCUAUCGAUGUUCACUGCGUCAGGUUCGAGUAUCACCACCACAGCAGUAUCAGCGAUAGCCCUGAGUAUCAUAGAACAUAUAUUUUCUAAAUACAGUGCCUUGAGAGAGAUAUAGUCGAAGCGAUAGGGUGUGUCGGUAUUGUAAAAAGUUAGCUUAGGUAGAAUAUUCCAUCCGCUUGUGCAUAUCGAUUAUUUAAUAUUAUU